GACGGACCGUCGCGUGCCGUUUAGAUUCGAGGUCCAGGCAGGCAGGCAGGGAUCCGGGUGAUCAGAUUCAUUCAGACGUCGGCGACCGCCUUGAUGGCAUGGAUGUUUACUGUGCCAGGUAUGCCGGUAGUAGGUGUCUCGGCAGCCGCAGCCUCGGUCAACCCGCAACAGCAGCUGCUCGCUGGCGUGAGUGGCGGCACUAGUAGAGGUGAGGUACGGCCAAGGCCAAUGCAAACAAAUAUGGCCACUGCGCGCCUAACUUCCGGCGCGACCGGCGCCGACUUCCUGACGAAUGACGGCGUUGCUGCUGGCAGGCGCACCAAACAAUCGUACGGUUUUACCACCCAACACCACAAGCACCACUUUCUCCAGCAAGAGUGCGAGCUGGUCAAGCGUGAGUUAAGACGCAGGGCAGCGGAAAUAGCCAAUCGCAAGAACCGAACCCGCUCGCCCGGACCGGUAGCGCAGGGGCAGGCUACUCCAGUCUCGGAGGCGCACGGUACGCUACCACCGGUACGUGGCAAUGGGCAGCCAAGGGAGAAGCCGUCGCAGCGAUCACUGCCACAGCUCCAAUCAUCAGAGCUCCAGGGCUCGCACGAGUGUUUCCGCUACCAUCACCUGCAUCAUCAUCAUCAUCAUCAUCAACAAUACCAAAAUUCCUCCUCUUCUUCCACCCAUCAUGUCGCCAAUCAUCAUCAUCAUCAUCAGGGUCACCAUCAUCAUCAUCAUCAUCAUUAUUCUAUUGGUCAGCAGUGGCUUCUGAACGGUGGUAGCAAUAGAUACACCGAUACUGCUCCUCAAGAAGCAAGGUGGCACUCAUCCACCGUUGAGCCGGAACCACUGGAACCGCAAAAGCAGGUGAUAUUCGCCGCCACGACGGCUACACCUCUGCCGCUGAUGUCGCCCUCACCAUUGCUUAAACCCAAGCCACGUUAUCAGUACCACCCCAAUUAUCAUUCGCUACUGCUGCUGCAGGGUGGCGCCUCAGGAUAUACGUCAUCACGAUUAGAGACGCCGAACUUGCUGGGCCCCCCCGGGGUUGCGAGUGGAAUCCUUUGCAGCGGGAACAGAAACACCGCUACCAAUAACACGAUUACCAUCAGCAGCAGCAGUAGCACGAUGCCUGUUCUACCUGCUUGCGUCACCUCCUCAGCAGCAGCAGCAGCAGCAGCUACAGCAAGAGCAGCUACAGCAGCUACAGCAGCUCGUGCAGAAACAACAGCAAAAUCUACAACAGCAACGUCAGCUACUCAAAGACCCUCUACUGAUAAUUCUCUUUUCAAAUCAUGGCCACCUCCACCACCACCACCACCACCACAACUGUCGUCUUCAUCGUCAUCAUCUAUGAAUCGUCCGUUUGCGUCAACAACGAUUGUCAACAACACUGCAACAACAACAACAACAACAACAAUAACCAACAAUACCACACGGCCGGUGACGGCAGACGGCACUGCUGCUGACAGAAGUGGUGGCGCCAAUCGCCUGCUGCACCUAGUAGCCUCAUCCUCAGUGUGCAGUCUCAUCACCACCACCACCACCACCACCAACACUACCACCUUCACAACAGCGGCCACAAACCAUCCAAGCCGCUCGGGUACACUACACGAACCGGCCGAUCGGUUGCUAGAAACCAUCCUGCCCUACCGUAGCACCACCAACAGCAGCCCCAUUUUGCAACCCUCUGCAGCAUCCAUGCUCACACCCUCACCACCACGAUCUACACCACCACCAUCGGCACGGCGAGAAGUGUCCCGAGCCCGAGGGGCCGGUGCGACAUCCGCUAGUAAUUCUCUCGAUUGUUCCUUCUCUUCCCCGACGGCCUGCUUCCUCUUUGCCGUCCCCUCUUCCAUCACCACCCACACUACUACUACUACUACUACUAUUACUACUGCUACUACGACUACUAUUCCUCAAUCUCGCACCCUCGGCAACGGCACAAUUUCCUCGAUAUCAUCUCCUUCUCCCCUCCACACUCUGAUCAACAACAACAACAACAACCGUCCGCACCAACACGACACCAACCAACUUUUCCGGUGGGACGAUCACAUUCAAAAUUCUUACCACAACAACAACAACAACAACAACGAUCACACGAACACGAAAUCGAACGCCAUGAACACGAUCCGCACGAUGAAAUCCCUAAACAUUACGGUGAACAUGGAGGAAUCGUUUACGCAGGCGACGAUCAAGCUGCGACCGGCGGCCUCGUCCCGCUCCUCGACGUCGUCGUCGUCGGUCGUGACGACGAGUGCGACGAUCACCGGCACCAGCAGCACCAGCAGUAGCAGCAACAGCGUGUCGGUGGUGGUCCCAGGUGGCUCCUCCAAACCGGCCACCUUAGACACGGUUUCGGCGACGACCGACGACCUACGGCGGGUGGGCGAAGGCGCUGUUAGUGGUGGUGCGACAGGCGCGAAGGAUGACGACUUCCACGUAACGGCUACGAUUCGGAUCAAGCCCCGGGCAACGAGCAGCAGCAGCAGCAGUAGCAGUACUCGCAUCAGCGCACACACUGAACCCAUCAGCACUACCGUCUCGAAGAACGUGGUCGUCGUUGGAAGCCGAAACGGAACGGGACCCACAGUAACCGCCGCCGCCGGUACGAGUGCGAUCGGUUCGUCGAGCAGCAGUAGUAGCACCAACGGUAGUACAAGCAGUAGCAGCAACAGCCUGAACUUCCGGCAUUCGGGUGAGAAUGAGGAGGGUAACCAGCAGAACAACAACAACAGCAACAACAACAACAAUAAUAACGACAGCUAUGUGACUAGUAAUGGCGUUAGCGAUAACCAUAGUAGGCGCGCUAGUAACGGGCAUCUUGGCCCACAGUUCAGCGGCACCCGGCGAGGUUCGAACAGUAACAACAACAUCAACAACAACAAUAACAAUGGGUAUAGCGAGCCGGUUGAAAACAGCAUCAGCAGCAGCAGCAGCAGCAGCAGCAACGAGAGUGCAAACCACAACGGGACCACUGUCCUAAACGGGCACGACGACCCGGCUGGGGAUGAAAAACUGAAAGCGAACGAAGAAGGAAGAGUGAACUAUCUGCGGACUGGCACCAGCACGAAAGGGCUCUCCUCGACGUCUGGCAGCUAUCGGAGCAGCAAAGACUAUGAUUCGGCCUACCGUGUGUCGUCGUCGGGUACGUCGGGUUCAUCAGUGCUGCAGAAGUCGAGCUAUGAUACGGGUUACGAUGUGGCCGAUUCGGUGCACGGUAGGAAGGAAGGAUUGUGCGGGCUGUGGAAUAUUGGCAAUACCUGCUUCAUGAACUCCAUCAUCCAGUGUCUCAGCCAUACCCGUGAGCUGACGGCGUUCCUGCGUAGUCAAUCAUCGACCGAACGAGGCACGAACAAGGAUCAUCGCAUCUUGGCCGAAUACACCAAACUGAUCAAAGAUAUCUGGAGUGGUACGCAGCGCAGCGUUAACCCGUCGGAGCUGAAGUACGCCUUCUCCAGCAAACACCGGAUGUACUCGGGUUCGGCCCAGCAGGAUGCGCAGGAGUUUUUGCGCUUCUUUCUCGACUCGCUGCACGGUGCCUUGAAUGUGGCAGUGAAGCGCGAUCCGCUCGGCGAUAUCGAUGAUGAUAUGAACAAUCGUGUUAAAGCGGAUCUGUUGUGGAACUGGUAUUCGAAGGCAGAAAAUUCCAUGAUAAAAGAUCUGUUUGUGGGGCAGCUGCGCAGCACCCUGAAGUGCACGUACUGUGGUACCGAGAGCACCAUGUUCGAUCCAUUCUGGGAUUUGAGUCUGCCGCUACCAUCAUCGAAUUCACGGUGCAAAUUGGAAAACUGCCUGGAAAUGUUCAUCAAAGAGGAGAUACUGGACGGGAUCGAUCAACCAACUUGCUCCAAGUGCAACACGAGACGAAAGUGCACCAAGAGUCUCACAAUAGAGCGAUUCCCCAAAUAUCUGGUGAUCCAUUUGAAGCGGUUCUCGGAAACUCGAUGGAGCAAGCUAACGAACAUAAUAGAGUUUCCAACCGGCGAUAGAGAGCUCAACCUGCAACCAUACGCCUCCGAGGACAAUAUGGGGUCAGUUAACUAUUCCCUGUACGGAAUUUCGAACCACAUGGGUUCCACCGCUGGUGGUCAUUACAUUGCUGUGUGUAAACAUCCCAUCACUAAAGAGUGGAAUGAGUUCAAUGAUAACUUCGUUAGCGAAACAACAGAACGUAGUUUGGUGACGUCCAGUGCCUAUGUCCUGUUUUACGAGCGUGCCUAGAAUAUAAUACGUGAGUUUGGAUGCUGUGCAAAUUGUUAACAAACGUGAUGAUAGAGAAGGGAAGGUGUGGGCCCGUGGUUAGACAAUGCUUUUGUCUAUAUUUCUUUCCGAAGGCUGAUGAAACGCGGAUCUACUU